AUGCUCCAUCGUACAAUCUCAAGGAUACUCACCACCACAACUACCAUAAUCCUCCUAAGCGCCCUCAUCACUCUCACCACAGCCCAACAACAACAACAACCAAAAGCAACAGUAAUAGUUACCAUCAUAACAACCGCAACCGCAACAGCAACAGCACCACAAACCACUACCACCACCACCCAAGAACCUCCCUCCUACACCUCCCCAGCUCUCUUCCAAUCCUCCAUCCUAGACGUCAGCAACACCUACCGCAAAGCCCACAACGCAAGCAACCUAAUCUGGAACACGACAUUAACUCAAUACGCCCUGAACUGGGCACAGGAAUGUAAAUGGCAGCAUUCGAACGGCCCGUACGGCGAAAACCUCGCCUUCGGGUACCCCAACGUCUCGUCCGCCGUAGCCGCCUGGGGCGACGAAGUACAGAAAUGCAAUUUCCAGGAGCCGACGGGGUUCACGGAGGAGACGGGACAUUUUACGCAGUUGGUGUGGAGGGAGACGAGGGAGGUGGGAUGUGCGGCUGUUGAUUGUGGGUAUAAUACUACUAAUACUACUAAUGAUAAUGAUAAUGAUAAUGGGAAUGGGAAGAGAAGUGAAGCGGGAGGAGGUGGUGGUGGGAUAAAUGGAACGGAGAGACCGCAGGGGUGGUAUGUCGUUUGUGAAUACUCGCCUAGGGGUAAUAUCAUUGGGGGGAAUAAGAAGUUGGGGGAUAAGGAGUUCUUUAAGAUUAAUGUGCAGCCGUCGAGUACAUAUUCCGGGCCGUAUAAUACGGGGUCCGCUGGGAAUGGGGCUCAGAGGGUUGAAUGUAUAAUGGGUUUAUGGUGGGUUGUGUUGGGGUGGUGGUUGGUGUUGUUGACUUUUGGAUAG